GGUCUCGAGCGAAUCAGUGUGCGAGUCUCUCUGCCAUUUGCGCGUCGGUACGCGGCUACGCGGCAGUGGUGAUACCAGAAUUGUACGUGUGCUUACCGGUGCGUAGAAAACGCAGGCCUUUAUUAAGUGCGUUUUGUUAUUUGAGUGCAUUAUCGACCACAGAAAUAAAUCGAUCAGCAUGGCGGAUACAGAAACUAAGGAUACCAAAGUUACUGCAACUCCAGAGAAAAAGGUAAUUGAAGAAAAAAAAGAGGUAGUUCAGGAAGUUGACGAAGAUUCAAAGGCAUCUGAGAAUGGAGAUGCCAAAGAAGCCAAAGAAGCCAAAGAAAAUGGUUCAAAUGAAGAGAAAGAGGUAGAGAAUAAAGAAGUGGAAUCAACAGAGAAUGGUGAUUCUACAGAUGCUCCUGUUGAUAGUUGUUGUAUAAAGAGAAAAUCAACAACUUUAAAUGAUUCAACGGAAGAUACUGCCACUGAUGGUGCCAGUCCUGAAAAGAAAACAAAACUUGAUGAAAAGUGCGCUGAAACAGAAACCAAUGGAGACACAGAAACUAAGGCCUAAUAUUUUUUAUGUUUACUGCAGACUUAAUCCAUAGAUGCAAUUUUAACAGCUAAUUAAAGAGUCAGAACAUCAAAAAUUUGUUAUCUGUGCAUCAUUACUAUAAACACAUAUUAAAAACAAAACUUUAUAUGUUAAUAACUUCUUGUGUUCAGAUAAUUGUGCGUUUAUUAUAAUCAUUUUUUGACUGAUCGGUAACAGUAUUGCAUACAUCCACAACAUCAUCAUACAUUGCUAUCUUAAAUUAUUGCCAUUUAUGUUUUCCGUUUUACACGCUGACGUCUCACAAUAUAUGUAUAUACGAAUAUAUAUUUUCACAUAGUAUUAAAUUUACAAAGUAACAAAGAUACAAUUAAUAUUACAAAUAAUAUAUUUCUGAUACGUGAAAGUAGAUGAUGGCGUGGUGCUUUAAAAAAAUGUACAUGAAAAAUAUUUCACGUGGUAUUCUCAUUCUUUCUGAUGCACAGACAUAAACAUAUAUACACCUCAUAUUGGAGAUAGAAAAAACAAUAUUUUUCUGUAAAUCAAAAUACAUUCCUAAAAUAUAUUGAAGGUCAUCCAGUGAUUAUUAACAUUUACUGGCGAAAGUUAAGAAACAAAUUCUAUUUGUAAAUUCUGACAACAACCACAACCUGUUUUAUGUAUGUAUACAUAUAUGUGACUUAUGUAUAAUUUAAUUUUCAAGAAAAGUAAAUUAGAUGAGUUGUCAAGUGCGUUCAGGUGCGUUAACAUUAAUGCAAUAUAGAAUUUAAACAAUUUACGAUUAAAAAUCUAAAAUAUGUUUAAUAAAAACUAUGUAUUAUUCUUUAA